CCUAAUAGGCCUUCUGAAAUGAAAGCUAAUGGCCGCCCGUCUCUAAUUUCGAAACAGCUGAUGUGCGUCUUUUAAUUUUUCUCAGAGAAUUCGUGCCGUUUAUAAAUUGUGUUAAAUUAAAUAGAUGAUACGGUACUCGGUUUAUUAUUUUGUGUUGAAAUCAGGAUGUCACUGACCAUACAGCAAAUCAUUUUGGAUGCAAAAAGACUCGCAGGGCGCCUCAAAGAAAGAGAAACUGAAGCUGAUGCUCUACUAACUGAAACUCAAACUGCUUACAGACAGAUCCACACCAUGAAACAGUACAAAGAAGAAGUGGACUCACUAAAUGAAGCUUCCAGAGAAAGGCCAAGAGGGGCAUUGAUUGCAAGCAUAGAAAGAGAGUCACGGUUGAUGCGGGACGUUCAACGUGAGAAUGGUGAGUUGCGGGCAGCUCUGGAAGACCACAGACGAGCACUGGAGCUGAUAAUGUCCAAGUACCGCCAACACACAGAAAAGAGAAUAUGGGAGUCGAGGAUAGACUUCACUGCUGCUGUCAAUGAAAAACAACAAGAGUUGAUUCGUCAGCAAGCUGAGAGGAUCAAUGAGAUGACUAGCAUCAUGUACAAAGCUGUUAACAUGGAUGAGAAUGGUGACACCAGAAAAGAGGAAGAACUUUAUCAACGACUUAUCACUGAAAAUAAGGGUUUGAGGGAGAUGUUGGAUUUGUCAAGGCGGUAUGGAUCAGACAGGGCGUGCGCGCCGCCCACCGAGGACAAGGAUGUGCAGACCGACGGGCCGCCGCUGACGGGCGCGUGACGGCCCGCGGUGGAGCCCUGCCGCCUCUGAACGCGCCGCCCUGCCGGCCUCCGCGCCGACGACACAUAUAGGUAGACUACACUUCACCUGUCCGCACACUUGAAACUCAUCUUCUCACUCUGAUCCACUCGUAUAACCCGGACGGAGCUUCUCAGGUGUGCCGGAGAGGUGUGAUGCAGACGAGUCACCGUUCCAGUAUACAAACUUUACCUGUUACUCACAGAUUUUGGAUGUUAGGUCUUUUGACAGUAUGCCUCUCAUGUUUCACAUUUGUAAACAAAAUAUUAAUUGUGACAACAUACAGCGAAUGAUUACAAUGUAGUUAAAAAACUUUUUGUUUUGUUUCUCAAUUGGUUGUAUUGGAUGUUGAAUUAUAUAAAUUUAAAUAUUAAUAUGACAUUUAAGUUAGAUGCUAAUGUUAUCUUGUAAUGGUAAAGUAUAUCACGUUUAGCCAUCAUUUAUUAGUUAUUCUUACAAUGUAUGAAACCAAAUCACAUAAUGUGGCAGAAACUGUGAUCUUUAGUGUUUGCUGUUAAGUUGAUGUAAAAUUUGACUGUGUUAUGCUUCUGAAGUUUAUAGAAACUUCACAAUUACAAGUGUUAUAAAUGUAAACACAUUCUUCAUCUAAUUGAAAUAGCUUUUCAGUAGAUUAAUAGUCCUCACUCAAACAUUUGCUCAUUAAAACUGUCAGGUUUAAUAAAAAUAUAAUACUCGGUAGUAAAUAACUUACGUUUAAUUCAUUAUAAACCACUUAUCUCACUAUGUAGGCUACUCGAAUUUCAGAUAGAUUUAGUGAAAUUAUAGUUAUUUUAAAAUCAGAGUACUAUGGGACCUACAAUGACGAAAUAGAACCAGUUUCAUAAGUAAAUCAUUACUUAGUUAUCCAGUAACACCCUAUCACACAAAUACUAGUCAAUUUUCAAUAAACAGGUCACAUAAAUUUUUAUUAUUCUUAACAAUAACACAUGUUGAAUGUAACAUAAAAGAAUUCAUCGAUUCAUCUUUCGGGUGAUUUGUGCAAAGCAACAGUGUGUUAGGUACUAAAAUAUGCAAUAUUUUUUCAUGCAAUGUAGUGGGAUCAGCUUUGAAUGUUAGGGACAAUCGUAGAAUGGUGGAUUGUAGUUGUUUGUAGUAGCAACCUUCGUAAAUAUAAAUAAUCAUGCCAAAGGCAUGCAAGCAAUAUGAUUAUGAUACUGUUACAUGUAAGUACUGUUGUUAAAUUUUUUGAAUAUCUAGCUCUGCCGCAAGUCUCUAGUGAUUGUCAUCGUGGACAUUUAAUUAUGAGUACAAUUUCUAAUUGAGGGACCGUAUUAAUGAUAGUUAUCAUUCCUCCUAGAAACAGAGCAAUGUCUUCGAGAAUUUUCCAUUAUUUGGGAUCUUUGCUAAAAUUAUCGAAGAUUGCCUAGAUAAGUAUAAACUUUUAAAAAGAUUUUAUCAUGUUUCUAUGGAAUAAUGAUCACUAGUAUGAAUGUAGUCACUUCGAAAGUUUCUUUGGUUUAAAAUUGACUGUAGACCCAUCACAAAUAUUUGAUCUAAAAUUUAGGGCAUUUUUAAUUAGUUAAAUAAUUUUAAUGUGUCGGUUAAUUUUUAAUAUUGAACUUAAAAAUUAUAGUGUAUGUGUACUAUGUGUACUUUACUGUUGAAUAUUCUUUUCAUACCACUUAUUUCCUAUCAAUAUGCACAAUAUAAAAUACUUUGUUUUCACAUAGAAUAAUUAUUCAUUUUCACCUUUGUUCUUUUUACAUAUUAUAUUCCAAAAGAUAUGUUGUUAUUUACAAAGAUUUUGUCCCUUAUUAUUAUCUAAAAUACUACUUAAUUAUUUCUACUAAUAGAGUAAUAAAAUCCAAACAUUUAUUAGAAUAUAUUAAGGAUAAAAUUUACAAGAUAAAUCUAAUUAUAGUCAGUUUAGGUUUGUAAUUUGUAUUUUGAUAGAAUGUUUCUAAAGUGGCUCUGAAAUUGUAAAAUACCUUUACCUCAUUAACAUGAUAGUUAUUGUGCUUAUGGGAGAUAUUAAAAUGUAUGUAGUAAAAUAUGAACAUUAAUUAAAUAGUAGAUCAGAUUGCUUCUUUAGUCUACUUGCAUUUAUGCAUUCAAUAAUUGCAGUUGAAAAUUAUAUAAAAAUAUAGUAAAAUCAGUAUGUAUGAAUAGAUUAUAGAUGAAUUAUGUAUUAAGUUCUAAUGCAGUUGUCUACGCACAAUCACAAAAACCUACUGAAAAUCUAUGCAUUUGCUACAAAAUAACAGAUAAACUUUUAUAAUUUAAUACUACCUAUGUUGGUUACGAAAUAUACAAUUUUUUAGAUAAAAUUAAUAGUUGAUACCUAGUUUUUUUCUGCUGUAGAACAACACAUGUAGAGCGAAAAGAUAAAUGUUUAAAAUGUAAUUGAUAAAAUAAAUAUACAAUACACAUAA